AUGGGAUAGGAAUUGCAGAAAAAUAAUUGCAACUAAUAUAAAGUAGUAUUUUUUAAAAAAUAAUAGAAAUUGGUACAAUUUAGAAUUCAAAUUCUGAAAGUGAAAAGAAGGGAUUAGGACUGAGUAUUGUAGCUAAACUUGUUUAAGGGUUGACUGAAUCUGAAAAUAAUUAAUUAAUUAUAAGAUCCAUAAAAAAUGAAGGAUCUUUAGUUUCAUUUCAAGUUGUUAAUUAGUAAUUUAAUUAGAAUGCCUAUCAAUUAUCUUUUUAUUUAUCUAAUAAAAAUUUAAUUAAAGAAAUAUAUAAUUCAUUUUCUAUAAUUUAAGAAUAAAAUUCAGAGACUUAAUAGGCCACUUCUAGGUUAAAUGGUUUUGAAUUAAAAUAAGUAAUCUUAAUGCCUGAAAGUCCUGAAUAUUUUUUUCAUAAAAAUAUAUCAUCUUUUAAAAAUAUAGAUCAUUAAAGAAUUUAAGAGGAAAAAUUAAUUUGUUAAUAUUGUACUCAUGUUUUAGUAGUAGAUGAAAAACCAUUUCAUUAAAUAGCUUUGAAUACGUUGCUUAAAAAUUAUAAUAUUAAAGCAGAUUCAGUUUUUGAUGGAUUUCAAGCUAUUGAAAAAGUAAAACUUAAAAUUCAAUCACUUUUUAAAUUUAUAGUUCAUUUUUAUGGAUAUUGA